UGCAAGAGGGGGUGGAAAUAUGGAGGCCCUGGCAACUCUACAGGCCUGCUGGCAACCAAUUUGAGGUGCAGCUGUGUGCAGGGUGGCAGCAUGCAGUGUUGAAUAAAGGGGAGACAAAGGGGGAGACGUGCAUGAAGACUGAGCUGCUCAAAGAUAUCACCAACAAUAAAGAAGAAGGGUGUAAUGCCAUGGCGGCCGACGAAAGUUCUGCCGAGAAGCAAGGAGGGGAGCCCCAGCUGGUGACGGACGUGGAAACCAACGGCUCCUGUGAGGGGGGCGAAGCCACCGACCCCCCGAGCCCCGCCCAGAACACUCAGGACAGCAUCAAGGCAACCCAGCCGGACCCCGCCGCCAAGCUGGGCCGGGUCGCCGAAAACGGGCUCUCGGAAAGAGACGUUGAAGGGGGGAAGCCCAACGCCGCCAAGUCGAGCGAACUCACACAGACCUCUGUCACGGGGAGCAAUGGGUUUAUCCUCACAAAGGCCACCUCCCAAGAGCAGGCCUUAAGGACUACGAGUACCCCGGCCCCCUCGCUGCCCGGUCACGCCGCCAAAACCCUCCCCGGAGGAGCCGGCAAAGGGAGAACUCUGAGCACGCUGUCUCCGAUCCAAGCCGCGCCGUCGGCCAAGGCCGGGGAAGGCAGCGAGGAGCGGGAUACUAAAAAAGCCCCGGCCCCCAACAGCGACGUCAAGGUCCACAGAGCCCGGAAGACGAUGCCGAAAUCCACCCCCAACCCGCACACAGCAAAUAAGGACUCCCGCGACGUGCGAGAUGCUAGAGAUCUUAAGGAACCCAAGGAGGACAGUAACAAAAAUGUCUCGGAGUUUGGAAAACAGCAGCUUUUACCCCCUCUCCCGUCCCUUCAUCAGUCGCUACCUCAGAACCAGGGUUACGUGGCCACCGCAAAAUCACAGACAGCCAGCUUGCCUUUUGUCUUAGCAGCUGCAGUAUCUCGGAAGAAAAAACGGAGAAUGGGAACCUAUAGCCUGGUUCCCAAGAAAAAGACCAAAGGGUUGAAACAGAGGACGAUGAUCGAGAUGUUUAAAAGCAUAACUCAUUCCACUGCGGGGGUCAAGAACGACAAGGACCUAGGAGAUGGUAGCCUUCACCUCAACGGGGAGAGCUUAGAGAUGGACUCGGACGAAGAGGACUCGGACGAGCUGGAAGACGAGGACGAUCGGGGGACUGACCAACCCUCUGCGUAUCCUGCAGAAGACAGCAGGACUUCUAAAGAGAGCGUGUCCGAAACAGAACAUGCCCCAAAGGUGGAGGAUGGCGAAUCCGAAGAGGAACAGGAUUCGGGGGAAUCCGGCGAAGAGGAGGAGGAUGGAGAUGAAUCUGACUUGAGUUCAGAAUCCAGCAUCAAGAAGAAAUUACUGAAGAGAAAAGGGAAAACGGACAGUCCGUGGAUCAAACCAUCCAGGAAAAGGAGGAGGAGAAAUAAAAAGAAACCAGGCAGCGGGCUCGGUACAGAAACAUAUAAGCCAUCUUUGGGAAGCACAGAGCAAUCCAGGCAGGAAAACAGUAUGGAAUACAUGGAAGUUUCUCUCGAUUCUUUAGACCUGCGAGUCAAGGGAAUUCUCUCUUCGCCGUCGGAAGCUCUUUCUAACGGUCCAGAAAUAGUGGAAACCGAUGGUCUUCAGGAAGUGCCCCUCUGCAGCUGUCGAAUGGAGACCCCCAAAAGCCGAGAGAUUACCACCUUAGCCAACAAUCAGUGCAUGGCAACGGAAAGUGUGGACAAUGAGUUGGGCAGGUGCACCAACAGCGUGGUUAAGUACGAGCUGAUGCGUCCGUCCAAUAAAGUCCAGCUUCUGGUACUGUGUGAGGACCACAGAGGGAGGAUGGUGAAGCACCAGUGCUGCCCGGGCUGUGGGUACUUCUGCACAGCUGGCAACUUCAUGGAAUGCCAGCCCGAGAGCAGCAUCUCGCACCGCUUCCACAAGGACUGCGCCUCUCAAGUCAACGACACGAGCUACUGCCCCCACUGUGGCGAGGAAGCCUCAAAGGCCAAGGAGGUGACCAUCGCCAAGGCCGACACCACCUCCACGGUGUCCUUGACCUACGAGCAAGAAAAGCCAGUCUCUGCGGAGGGCAGGGCAGACACUACGACGGGAAGCGGCGUUGGAACACUGCUCUCCGAGGAAGAGAAGCCCGAGAGUUCCACAUCUCAAGCCCCCGAGGGCUUCGAUGGCGCCGGGGCUUCGGUCUUGGCGAAACCCACCGCCGGCCUAUCCCAGGGACCCGUGAAAGAAACCUUGGAAAGCGCCCUGAUCGCCCUGGAUUCCGAAAAGCCGAAGAAACUGCGCUUCCAUCCGAAGCAGCUGUACUUCUCCGCCCGACAAGGAGAACUGCAGAAAGUGCUGCUGAUGUUGGUUGAUGGAAUCGACCCAAACUUCAAAAUGGAGCACCAGAAUAAACGGACUCCCCUCCAUGCAGCAGCUGAGUCUGGCCACGUGGACAUCUGUCAUAUGUUGAUUCAGGCUGGUGCCAACAUAGAUACCUGCUCCGAGGACCAAAGGACCCCUCUAAUGGAGGCAGCAGAAAACAACCAUCUGGAUGCCGUGAAGUACCUCAUCAAGGCCGGAGCACUAGUAGAUCCCAAGGAUGCAGAAGGUUCCACGUGUUUGCACUUGGCUGCCAAGAAAGGCCAUUAUGAUGUGGUUCAGUAUCUGCUCUCCAAUGGACAAAUGGAUGUCAACUGUCAGGAUGACGGCGGUUGGACACCAAUGAUCUGGGCCACCGAGUACAAGCACGUCGACCUCGUGAAACUACUCCUCGCCAAAGGGUCGGACAUUAACAUCCGAGACAACGAGGAGAAUAUCUGCUUGCACUGGGCAGCCUUCUCAGGUUGCGUCGACAUAGCGGAGCUCUUGCUGGCUGCCAAGUGCGAUUUGCACGCCGUCAACAUCCACGGAGACUCCCCCCUGCACAUCGCCGCCCGGGAGAACCGCUAUGAAUGUGUGGUCCUGUUUCUCUCUCGUGGCUCUGAUGUCAGCUUGAAGAAUAAGGAGGGUGAGACCCCACUGCAGUGCUCAAGUCUCAACUCUCAGGUCUGGGUGACUCUGCAGAUGAACAAGACCCUCCAAGAAUCGCCCACUGACAAACCCACCCAGGUAGAGAAGACGAUGAGCAGAGACAUCGCCCGAGGCUACGAGCGAAUUCCCAUUCCCUGCGUCAACGCGGUGGACAACGAGCCUUGUCCGAGCAACUAUAAGUACGUUUCCCAGAACUGCGUCACGUCGCCCAUGAACAUCGACAGAAACAUCACCCACCUGCAGUACUGCGUCUGCAUAGACGAUUGUUCCUCUAGCAACUGCAUGUGUGGACAACUCAGUAUGCGCUGUUGGUAUGAUAAGGAUGGUCGACUGUUGCCGGAAUUCAACAUGGCAGAGCCACCGUUGAUCUUUGAGUGUAACCACGCCUGUUCGUGUUGGAGGAAUUGCCGCAACCGGGUUGUCCAAAACGGACUCAGGACGCGAUUACAACUGUACCGGACACAAAAUAUGGGCUGGGGCGUCCGAUCCUUGCAAGACAUUCCACUGGGAACCUUCGUGUGCGAGUACAUCGGGGAGCUGAUUUCGGACUCGGAAGCGGACGUGCGGGAAGAGGACUCCUACCUCUUUGACCUCGACAACAAGGACGGAGAGGUGUACUGCAUAGACGCUCGUUUCUAUGGUAACGUCAGCCGCUUCAUCAAUCAUCUCUGCGAGCCCAACCUCAUCCCCGUGCGUGUCUUCAUGUCCCACCAGGAUUUACGCUUCCCCCGGAUCGCCUUCUUCAGCACCCGGCCGAUUGAGGCGGGAGAGGAACUAGGGUUCGAUUACGGAGAGCGGUUCUGGGACAUCAAGGGCAAGUUGUUCAGCUGCCAGUGCGGCUCGGCCAAGUGCAAACACUCGAGCGCGGCCCUGGCCCAACGGCACCGCUGCCCCCGCCGGCCCGCCCCGCCCCAGGAGACCCUGGAGAACGGGCUCCCCGACACCAGCUCCGCCGCCGCCGCCGACCCCUUCUGAGGCCCUCCGCCCCCACCCCCCGCCGCCUUCCAGCCUCCCCUCCCGCCCCGCCCCGAGAUCGAAACUCUUCUAACCUUCCCUCUCGAGUUCCAUACUAUUCGGUUUGCAGUUGGAUGAAGAGGAGAGCCAGGCCCGCCGGCGAAGGGCCGGCUCACCGACCGUCCCCCGGAGUUGGGACGGAACACGCCCCGGGGGGACCUCCCCCUCCCCUCCCCCCCGCCCCCUUCCCGUCAUCUCCGGUAAGUCCCCGGCGGGGGGCCGGCGGGGAGGGAAGGCCGGCGACCCGGUCCGGCCGAGCCGCCGUCCGGCGCCGUUCCUAGUCGGGCGGGGGCGGAACCGUUCCCCCCCCCCUCCCCAAUCCAAACCCGUGACCGCGGACUUCCGAACGUCCGCUGUCGAGGUCCGAGGAUUCCAGAGAUAGUCUUCGGGGCACGGCCCCUCCGGAAGGAUCCGCCUGUGGGUUUGCGCGCAUAUAUCGGGGUCCCCCGGUCUCCCCUCGGUUGGGGGCCGUCCCCCCAAUGACUGCCAGCAGUUGGCCCAGCACGGGGGACGGGGGGAACGACGUGCUCUUCUAGAAGGUGCCGGUCGGGGGCCCGAGCUCCCCUCUCCUUUCCUCUCCGGUCCCCAAGCCCCCCCAAACCCAGUUUCGUGCGAGCCUGCCAAAGCCACCAUCACUCCCGCAAAGCCGUCUCCGUUAGAGCCCGGCCCGCCCCCCGGGGUUGGGGAAGCUGGGGGGAGGGGGGGGGGGGCGUUACUGUUCCACAGUGUUGGUUUUCUCCAGGGACGGGGCCACGCCGGCCCGUCUCUCCUUUCCCAUUAAACCGUCUUCGAGAGGAAAAUCGAAAGGGAUUGUACAAGACACUAACUUCGGAAAAGGAUCGGUUUGCUUUUUUUUAAAAAAAAAAAAAAUUAUAUAUAUUGACACGCGUAUAUAUAUAUAUAAGAACCCUCUGCCGGGCAUUUCUUCCAGAGGGUACUGUAGCUUGAGGGGAGCGGGGAAAAGCCAAGAAUGAGAGAGCGAAGAUAAUAAGUCGUCUUCUCUCCUCCCGUCCGUUUCUUUGAUGCCGGGCACCUUCUAUUACUUUUUCAACCCCAGGCUUCGAUGUUUAGUAAACGGAUUUGUUUUUCUACCAUUAUGGAACAUUGGGACAAACAGCUUAAAAAAAAAAAAAGAAGAAACACCAACGCAAACACAAAACACAAACUACGGUGCUGAUUCUGGUGUGAUUUUUUUUACUCACCAAGUGAAUAUAAACUAUCAAUUGUAUAAAAAGAACAAAGUGAUUUUAGUAUAAAAUGCAGGAAAAAAACCUUUUUUAAAUUGUUAGUAUUGUAGUGUGAAUAAAUUUGCCAUCAACUUUUGUGUGGUGGCUUGGCAGGUCAUAUAAUUUUUUUUUUUUGCAUAUAUCUUUUUAAAUACUGUAAUUAGUGCAGUAACCGUGUUUUUUUUUUUUGUGCAACUCUUCUAAACAUUCAUGAUGCGGUCAUGUUUAUUUUUUUUUUUCUUCUGUUAAAAUGUUUUUGACAGUUUUAAAGAGCAGUCUUUUGGCUCUGACCAUUUCUUGUUCUGUUUUCAAUGAAAUCAAUAAAAAAAAGUGCUUUAAAACGA